AUGGUGAAUGAAGGAAGUAAUCAUGGGGUUGUUGCAAUGAUCCAAGGAGAGAUGGAGAAUGAGGUAGACGCCGACGUGGAGAUACUUGGGACGUCCGUCGUCGCUGCUCGUGCGUCCAUGAUGCUAUCAGAUGUGAGGGCGGCUAUGGCAGAGGAGCAAGUUGUUAUGGUUCAUGAUGAGCGAGCAGCACAUGUGCUGGGCGAGCAAGGCGGGACGGAAGACAGAACGAGGGAGCCCACUACGCGCUACACUGAGCGGUCUGGGCGAGCACAAUGUCCGUGUGAUAGGGUAAAGGUGUGGGCAGAGGAAUGUUCUGGCAUCUGGUGUGUUGGGCAGCCCAUUAGAAGAAGGAAAAGAAAGGGAGGAGGAGCCCUUGGGCGCUACUUCCACGCGCGGGACAGCUGGGCAUGCCGCUCAGGCGUUGGGCGAGCAUGGGGGUUCUUUGGGCAAGCCUGA